UAGCUGCAUAAUGUAGCUCCUUAUAUAAACCAAUAAUCCUAUUAAUCACUCUCAUAGACUCAAGACAAAAUGGCUCCAUUUUCAUUCUCAUUCUUGUUCUUAUUACUCCUCCAGUCAUCUUUUCUGUUCAACUGUCUGACCGCCAAACACCACGACGACCACCACCACCAGCGUGUCCGGUCACCGAACUCGAACCCAAGACUUCAUCAAGCAUUCCUUGCUUUGCAAGCAUGGAAAAAAGUCAUUUACUCAGACCCAAAAAACCACACCACCAAUUGGGUGGGGCCGUCAGUUUGCAAUUACUUUGGAGUGUACUGUGCUCCAUCUCUAGAUGACCCAAAAAUCCAAGUCGUCGCCGGAAUUGACUUAAACCACGGCGACAUCGCCGGAUUCCUCCCUAACGAAUUGGGCCUUUUAGCAGACCUUGCUCUGCUUCAUCUCAAUAGUAACAGAUUCUGUGGCAUUUUACCACAAUCUUUAGCCAAUUUAUCUCUUCUCUUUGAAUUGGAUUUAAGCAACAACAGAUUCGUUGGCCCUUUUCCUUCUGUUGUUCUUCACCUUCCAAAAUUAAAAUAUCUUGAUCUUCGAUUCAACGAAUUUGAAGGUCCAAUUCCCUCUGAACUCUUCAACAAAUCCCUUGACGCCAUUUUUAUAAACAGCAAUCGUUUCACCAACAUUAUUCCACGAAACAUCGGUGGAAAAUCAGCUUCUGUAAUUGUUUUUGCUAACAACAAUUUGAAGGGUUGUCUUCCACCAACUAUUGCAAGUUUUGCAAACAGUUUAGAAGAGCUUUUGUUGAUCAACACUAGUUUAUCAGGCUGUUUGCCACCAGAAAUUGGGUUUUUGUAUAAAUUGAAGGUAUUGGAUGUGAGUUUUAACAAAUUAAUGGGUCCUUUACCGUAUAGUUUAACUGGGUUAGCACAAUUAGAGCAAUUGAAUUUAGCCCAUAACAUGUUUAGUGGGAAUUUAUACGAAGGGAUCUGUAGCCUUCCGAAUUUGGAGAAUGUGACGGUUUCUUACAAUUACUUCUGUGAAGAAGUAGGGAUUUGCCAGAAUUUGACGGCGAAAGGGAUUGCUUUUGAUGAUCGGCGGAAUUGUUUGCCGGAGAAGCCGUUUCAGAGGAGUAAAAAGGAAUGUAGUGCGGUGGUUGAGCGUCCUGUGGAUUGUUUUGAGCAUCCCUGCGGUGGGGGCGGAGGAGGUUAUGGUUCUAGUAUUGCGGCGGUUCCGGCGCCGGCUCCGAUGCCUAUUUUUUCAUCUUCUUCCGUUGUUGCCCCUUCCCACUUGUGAUUUGGUGUUGUAAGAGAUGGGUUUGAGAAGUUUGUGUUGAGAGGGGUAAUAAAGUCCAUUUCAUUGGGUUAGAAAAAACUUGUGAGUUUGUGAAUAUGGUUUGGUGUGAGAGUUUGUUUGUAUUAGUUG